AUGCCAUUAACCAAUAUCUAUAAGACGUCAAAAAAAAUAAAUUUAGAAUUUCUAGCCUCUGCUUCUGGAUUUUGCUCUAUUAAAAUGAAAAAUCUGAUUAUUGAAAACAAUGAUAGGAUAACUGUCCCCGACAUAAAUAAAAAAGAUGACGACGAUACUUGUACUCCAAAAUCUACUCCUGAAAUAGCCAGUAAUUCCUCCACCUUUAAAGAUCCAAUACAAGAAAUCAAGGAUGAACAAGAUUUUAUGGAAAACUGUUUAGGUCUAGGCUCGGUUAUUGCAAGAAUUAACGGUACAUCUAAUGGCACAUUAUAUUACAAUGAUCCCGAUGAUUUGAUUGGAAAUAAAAGCUAUAAUAUGUAUUGUAUUAUGGAGAGUGAUAACUCAUUGAGAAUUGAUUUCCUACCGGUAAACCCAAGCACUUUCGAUAUUAAACCUACUAUUCCAUUAAGCCAUCCAGAUAGUGGCACUAUUAGUCACGCCUCGAACACAUCAGACGCUUCUACAUAUUCCAGUAAUACUGGUGGUUUAAAAAAUGAUGGUAAAAAAUAUCCCGAUGGGGUUUUACCUGAAGAUGAAACUUAUGUGGUUCCAAAGAUUAUUUAUAGGGGCAGUUUCCCCGAAAUGUACCUAGAAAAAGUCGAACCCUUUAUUGGUGCUUUUUUGUUUGUUAAUUUAUUGGAUUAUGCCGAUGAUUAA